GACGCCGACCCGUCCUCGCGUUCUCUCUCUCUCCUCCUGGCCCGGUUUCCCUUGCCCUGCUGUCGCCCCUCGUCUCCGGGUCACGCCUGUCAACGCUGUCAAGACCUACACCUAAGUGCUGCGAGGCUUUGGGGAGAAGACUUCGUCCCGUAUUUUGCAUCGUCUUCAUAUCAAGAGGGUCAGCAUGUGAUUUGAAAAGGUGGAAACAAGGAAAAGGAAGGGCAGGCGAGAGAGAGAGAGUAGCUGAAAAUAGGAAGUGAGAACACCAAAAGUGAUUGACAGUUACUACGAAAGCACGUGUAUCUCUGAUGCUUGACAUGGCUUGCUCGAUACGUCUAGGGAAAUCCAAGAAAAGAGGUUGACACGGCAUGGAAUGAGUUAAAGAAUGGGCUACUGAGGAUUUCUUUUUUUAUUUUUGUUCUUUUUUUUUACUUGAACAUCGAAGUGCAUGUAAUCCAGCAGAACAAAGCCUGAUUAACGGUCAAUAGUUCUUGAUAAUACUGUAGCUGUCUCGAAAGACAACAUGCGCAAAAUGUGUACAAAGUGACCUAUGACAGAGGUUGAAUCGACUGUGAACUGAACCCACUGUGAAGCUAACGAUGGUGGCGCGGCCGCUCAGCCUAGCGGUUAUCCUCACAGUGGCUGGGUUGGCGUCGAGUACAGAUACUUCCCGUCUGACGCCGUCCUGGAACGCCUCUGUCAUCACGGUCAAGAUACCCAAGAACUUUCCCCUGAACGAGCCUCUCCUCACCGUGGCCCUCCUGUACAAGGCCGACCCGCCGCAGGAACACCACACGACUCUCGAUGCUGAGAAAUUCAUCAAGGUUCUUCCCGGAAGUACGAUAGGGGAGCUCAGGUUGCCCGGGGACUACGAAGAUGCCGGGAUCGGUUUGGGCCCUUCAAGGAUUGGCGGGGAUCGGCCGAUGGGAGGCCUGCCAAAGCUGCCAGCUGGAGAACAGAUGGUACUCUUGUCCAACCCGCAAAACCUGUUCCAUCCCCGCUUACAGGAUAGUAGCGAUACGCUUUCCCUCCGCUUGCAGCGGCCUCUCAACUUGUACGACAAUUCCACCAACUCAGGCUACAGCUGCGUGGAGGCCAUCAUCGGACUCAAUGGAACCCAAGUGGAGCAGAAGCCGACCCUGGGCUGCGGUCGACGCAAGAACGGGCGCUCACGACUCCGAGAAUCCGGGGCGUCUGUUCUCAUUGUCAAAAUCAUCGUGAAGGAGGUUAUGAAUUGCGACCGUCCACCUAAGCAUGCGUGCAUGCUGCCCGUCGAAGACAUUGUCCUUCACCAAUGGGAGAACAGGAAGCCCUCGCCGCUCCUCGCGCUCCCGAGGCUCUCAGUCCUCUGCCCUAACCUGAGGCUCAAUUACACCCUCACCAUGAAAGACCCCGACAGCGGUCCGCCAGAACUGGUCACGAAGCCGAACCAACUGGUUAUCACGCCGUCCAGACCCCUAGACCGCGAACGGCGAGACGAUGUUCUCACCUUCACCGUCACCUGCACACUACAGGGCGGUGACCCUCCGUCCCAGACGCGAGACGGAAGCAUCAUCAUCCUGGACGAGGACGACGCGGCGCCCAUCCGCAGCAGGAACCCGAAGGUGGACUGGCACCUCCGCAACAGCACGGACGACCUCGACGACCAGCUGAUGGUGCUUGACCCUGACCUCGAAGGCACAAACAACUACGAGGUCAAGCUUCUCGGGGAGACGUACAACCUCGUGACCAUCGAGAGCGUGAAUAAGUUCAGCACCCGAAAACAGCUGUGCGAGAUGGAGGCUCAGAACAUGACGGGCUUCACCUUCGGCGCCGACUGCACCGUCAUGACACCUGUGUUAACCUUCAACAGAGGCAACAUGAGGGGAAAUAUGCCAUCCAAAAUCUAUUUUUCUGUGGUGUUCAUAGAUAGGACUUUGAGGGCACCUAUUACAGCAAUAAACUACAAGCAAAAUAAACAGGUUUUCUACAACGUGACCCUGACCCUGCCGAUGACGAUGCCGAGGCACCCCCUGCUCCCCGAAGCGGCGCCGUCCAACCUGUGGGCCACGAGGGACUUCCCGACCCUCAGGGAGACGCCGCCCUUUAACCUCACCAUCACCGUGGCCUUGCCCGUCGCCAAGUACGCCCGCCUCGCCCAGCUGAUCAGCCCAGCGUGGACGCCCCCCGAACAGCCUCCUCCACCCUCCAACGCCAUCUUCAGUAUCCAUUCCGACUCGACUGGCGGUGGCCUGGGCGUCACACCUAUCAUGGGGAUCCUGUACGUGGAGAACCCGGAGGAACUGCGGCCAGGAGAGGUGAUGGUGGUGCGGGAGACAGACAUCACGGUGGUCACGCUGGUACUAGAGAUCUCUGGGGCGCCCGCAUGCCGAGAGACCACUCCCGAGAAGGAAGUCGUAUCUUGCGCAGUACACGAGUACAACUCUUCGUGCGAGCAAUCCUGUGGCCUGGGAUCGUACGGGACGUGCUCGUGGCGUCGUUACGAGAACGACGGGAACCACGUGAGCACCCACUACGCCACCUGCUCGCCCAACCUCGACACCUGUCCCGACCGCACCUGUGACGAGCUCGAACAGAUGCACCACCGCAUCUGUCCACAGGAUUGCAUAGACAAACAGGGGGUCAAAGGGCAGAAUAUCGUUCUGAGCAGAGCCAGUCAGGGAAUCUCGGCUGGUUUCGGCGUCUGCAGCUGUGACAGCGUGUGCAAGUGCUUCCCCCUGUACGACGAGGCACCUUCAACGACCACGGAAAUCGGGAAAUUCCCCACGAAGAUGCUGGCGCCAGUGUGGGCGUGCGGACACUGGUGCAAAGUGGGCGUAUCUGUGGGCGCCGUUGCCUUCUUUGUUUUCAUACUCGCCUGUGCCUUCCUCUGCAGACGUCGUGCAGGCUGUGGCAGAAAGCAAAAGCACGGUGGGAUCUCCCUGGGAACGUUCCCGAGCGACGACAGGUCUUCAUCGUUGCCUUACAAUCCAAGGGACGAAACCCAUGACUCCCUUGUGCAUGGGAUAGGCCUACGCAAUAGCCCGAGGCCGGAGCAUAACUUCGUUACGCCCAUCAACUUGGCUAUCGACAGCAAAUGGGAGUUUCCGCGCAACCGCCUUGUCAUAGAGCAGACACUCGGCGAGGGAGAGUUCGGCAAAGUGAUGAAGGCGCGAGCACAGGGAAUCAAUGGGACCCUGGGCUAUACGACGGUGGCGGUGAAGAUGCUCAAGUCGAACAGCACUCCGGCCGAGUUGGCAGACCUGCUGUCGGAGUACACGCUGCUGAAGGAGGUGUCGCACCCCAACGUGGUCAAGUUGCUGGGCGCGUGCACUAGCAAGGGCGGCCCCAUCUACAUCAUCAUCGAAUAUUGCCAAUACGGGUCCCUCAGGAACUACCUUAAGAGAUCGAGACACUUCGAGUUCGAGAACCGCGUGGGAUCCGGACCUUCGGAAGGAACCGCUGGGGACUAUGCCGUCACGCCGAAGGACUUGCUUUCCUUCGCCUGGCAGAUCUGCAAGGGCAUGUCCUAUCUUACGGAUAUGAAGCUGGUGCACCGUGACCUGGCGGCGCGAAACGUCCUCUUGGCCUCCGGAAAGCAGUGCAAAAUCUCCGACUUCGGCCUCACCAGAGACGUGUACGAGGGUGACCUGUACUUCAAAAGGAGCAAGGGGCGAGUGCCGGUGAAGUGGAUGGCUCUUGAAUCCCUCGUGGACCACGUCUACACUAGCAAGAGUGACGUAUGGGGCUUCGGUAUCCUGCUGUGGGAGCUCGUGACGCUAGGGACGCCGCCCUACCCAGGGAUCACGCCGGAGAGACUCUUCUCGCUCCUGAAGGCCGGCUAUCGCAUGGAGAAGCCCGAAAACUGCUCCCAGGAAUUGUAUGACGUGAUGCUGCAGUGCUGGGCGGAGGACCCCAACCGCCGCCCGACCUUCCAGGAGCUGACUGACAUCUUCGACACGAUGAUCCAGGUCGACGUCGAGUACCUGGAACUUCGCUCGCUGAUCGUCACCAACCGCGGCUACUUCGACGGUCUACCUCCGCCUCCGCCGAACCCCGAGCAGUCGCAGCAGCAACAGCCACCGCAGCCGCAGGUGCUGGACGCGCCGCCGCAGUUCCGCGAUUCCCCGCCGCAGUUCCAAGACGUGUCCCCCGCGUCGUCCAGUCAGCACGACGUGACUCCGCCGCCGCAGCCGCCGCCACCGCCGCAGCUGCGCCUAGAUGAAUCGCGGCUGCAACGCCCUGAGUCAGGUUGGAAUCCCCCCCGCCAGCCGCUGGACCCGGACGCCUACCUCGUGGCUCGCACCGACCUCGGCCGCCCAUGCAGAGCGGAGUCGACCGAGCCUCUCCUCGCUGCCAUAACGCCCUCCACAGCAGCGCAGACGCCCACGAUCACCACCACGCACGCCCACAAUCCGGCCUAUUCGCCCACAAGUGAAAAUCUCCCGCCGGCGCCCUUACAUUACUCCACCCUCGCCUCACGCCCAGACGAGGAGGACGCCCACACGCUGGAAUGUUGCCGCAGCGAGGAGGACUCGGACAGCGGCCGCGCCACCGGGGACUCCGGGUACGCCACCACAGAGGAGGGGGGGCGCAGCCGCUGGAGGGGGGGCGAGCAUCAGCUGACGCCGGGGGCCAACGGGGGAAGCGCCGGCCGGCCUCUCUCGCACCACCACGGAGGGUCGUCCUACGGCGGGUCGUCCCCCCGGGGGUCGUCCUACUCCCCCCUCCCCCGCCACGACCCUGAGUACCAAGAGGAGGAGGAGGAGGAGCAGGACACCUCCGAGGACCUCGAGGAGAGGCAGGAGCUCCUAGCUGAGGACCUCAUAGGAGGCGGUGGGCACCUCUCGCCCAUACCCAGUCCAGAGCCCACCGCCGCACACACCGCCCAGAGUGCCGCCCGCACCGCCGCCCACGCCUCGAAGGGCUCGCAGCACCACACCACGCCCAUCAUUGUGUGAGCAGGCGAGAGGACACAGACAGUGCUCCUCCCCCCACGCCCACAGCAAGGUCUGCCUUGCAGCGCGGCCUCUGGAAGCCUCUGAGCUUUGUCGCUUCCGCCAGAGUUGGAGGCCUUCGUGAAGUGUGGACAGGCUGCCGCCAAGCCUCGAGAGACCCGUUUGUCUUAAUUCUGUAAGUACUUCUCUCAGUGCUUGAAAAGUCCCCUCGCACGUAGAUAUGGAUGUCUGUUCAUACGCAAACGCGUGAACUUUCUUAUACAAGGAACUCUGAUCACUAUGUCCAGUACUUAAGAGGUGAUUUUCCUGUGUUCUAAAAGAAAAGAAAAUAA